UUAGCCACUGGACCACCAGGGAAGUCCCACUAACAUUUUGUCUAUAGCUUUGCUGUGUUUCCUAUGUAAAUGAUCACAUCAUCUGAAAAUAAUGACAAUUUAAUCUCUUCUUUCAUUCCUUUUACCUCAUUUCUUUUUUUUUCUUUAUUGCUUUAGCCAGGAUCUUAAAAUUCUUGAUGUAGUGGGUUUCCUUGUCUUGUUUGUGACCAAAAAAGAGGAUGUGGCUAAAGUUUCUUUAUUAAUUUAGCUAUAGGUUUUUGGUAAAUAACCUUUCAUAGCAUUUAUCAACUUAAAUUCCUUUUUAUCCCCUGGUCUGUUUCCCUCCUACCAUCUUCAGCAUUCGUAAACCGUUCUUUCUGCAUGGCCUGCGCCCUGCCCACCAACAGCUGUAGAUAAGCUUGGUAACUGCUCUCUAAGGCUCCGUUGUCCUUUUAGGACUCUGCUUCUCCUGCUUCUCUUCUUCAGGCCCAGGUUAGAUCUGCAAUUUUUCCAGCGGUUCCUGCAGAUACAGAAGGUUUUGUUUCCCUCUUGGUCAUCACAGAAUGCCUUGAUGUUCCUGACCCUUUUGUGUGUGGCCCUACUGGCCUAGUGCGAUGCCUCUCCAGUGCCCAGUGGACUUAGCCACCAGUAAGCAGGAACCAAGCUGUGGGGACCAGCGCAUCAGCCAGGACGUGGAGCGGUUCUGCCGGCAGCUCAGCAGCGUGGCCAGCAAGCUGAUCGUCUCCCCCUUCACCCUCAUCUACUACACCUAUCAGUGCUUCCAGAGCACCGGCUGGCUCGGGCCUGUGAGCAUCUUUGGGUAUUUCAUUCUGGGAACCGUGGUGAACAAGAUGUUGAUGGGUCCCAUUGUGGCAAAACUGGUGCAGCAGGAGAAGCUGGAGGGGGAUUUCAGGUUCAAGCACAUGCAGAUCCGGGUGAAUGCUGAGCCUGCUGCUUUUUUCAGAGCUGGGCACGUGGAGCACAUGAGGACAGACCGCAGGCUGCAGAGACUCCUUCAGACCCAGAGGGAGCUGAUGUCCAAGGAGCUCUGGCUGUACAUCGGCGUCAACAUGUUUGACUAUCUGGGCAGCAUCCUGAGUUACGUCGUGAUCUCAAUCCCCAUUUUCAGCGGCGUCUACAGAGACCUGAGCCCCACAGAGCUCAGCACCCUGGUCAGCAAGAACGCCUUUGUGUGCAUGUACGUCAUCAGCUGCUUCACCCGGCUCAUCGAUCUCUCCACCACGCUCUCCGAUGUGGCAGGCUACACACACAGGAUCGGGGAACUUCAGGAGACCCUGCUGGACAUGACCCUGAAGUCACGGGAUGGGGAGAUCCUGGACGAGAGCGAGUGGGACUUGGCCAGGGCCCCGGGAUGGCCAGCAACAGAGCGAACAGAUACAGCUUUUCUCCUUGAGCGGGUCUGCAUCUCCGCCCCCUCCUCUAAUAAACCCUUAAUCAAGGAUCUGAGCCUGAAGAUCUCUGAGGGGCAGAGCUUGCUUAUCACAGGCAACACGGGCACCGGCAAGACCUCCUUGCUCCGGGUUCUGGGUGGCCUCUGGGCGAGCACAUGGGGUGAGAGCCAGCCUUGGCCUGUGGGGGGCUCAGUGCAGAUACUGAUGGACUUUGGACCCCACGGGGUGCUGUUCCUGCCACAAAAGCCAUUCUUCACUGACGGGACCCUUCGGGAGCAGGUGAUAUAUCCCCUGAAGGAGAUCUACCCGGACUCAGGCUCUGCUGAUGAUGAGAGGAUCAUGAGGUUCCUGGAGUUGGCAGGCCUGUCCAGCUUGGUGGCAAGGACAGAGGGUCUGGACCAGCAGGUCGAUUGGAACUGGUAUGAUGUUCUAUCCCCAGGAGAGAUGCAGAGGCUCUCCUUUGCCCGGCUCUUCUACCUGCAGCCGAAGUAUGCAGUGCUUGAUGAAGCCACCAGUGCCCUGACCGAGGAGGUGGAGAGCGAGCUCUACCGCAUCGGCCAGCAGCUGGGCAUGACGUUCGUCAGCGUGGGCCAUCGGCGCAGCCUUGAGAAGUUUCACUCCUUGGUUCUGAAACUCUGUGGAGAAGGAAAGUGGGAGCUGACCAGAAUCAAAGUGGAAUGAAGCCAAGACUGGCCACCGGCAGGAGAGCCAAGCCCAGGAGGUCGAGUCCCCAGGAGAUACCAGGAGGGCUGAUGGGGCAAGGAAGGAGCUCCAGGUUUGCCUCACAGGUCCCGUGUGGGUAGCACCAGCAGCAGUGGACUCAGCCCACGUGUGGCCCUCCGCAGGACCCUCAUCCUGCCAGGGUGCCUCCUGCUGCCUCAGCCAGAGCUUCGUACACUUGACGUGCUGAUUACUUCACAUAUGACCUCAGAUCGUGUUUUCUAAAGAAAACCUGAAAGUGUGGGAUCUAUAAGAAAUGCAGGGUCAAAAUGGAGAGUGUAUCGGACUUGGAGUCAAGAGAUCCAGGAAUCUUUUAGAAUACAUCAAUUUUGCAACAGUAGAUUUUUAACUUUAAUCAACUAUUUAAAUUUUAUAACUUUUUUUAGAAGAAAAGAUAAACACGUUUUUAAACUUGCAGCUUUUUCCCCUUUUUUCUUCUUCAUCAUAAGAUGAUCUUUUUUUUUUUUUUUUUUGGCCACGCCAUGCGGGAUGCAGGAUCCAUGCAGGAUGUGAGAUCUUAGUUCCCCAACCAGGGAUCAAACCCGUGCCCCCUGCAGUGAAAGCAUGGAGUCUUAACCACUGGACCGCCAAGGAAGUCCCUAAGAUAAUCUUCUUAAUUGACUCUCUGGGCUUGUCUUUGAGAGCCUGGGGGGUGGGAGCAGCACUCUCCACUGUGCUGGAACCUUCUGCCCGUAGGUUCUUCACUGGCAUCUCCCACUUAACCAUUGCCAGUUGUCCCUCAGCCACUAACCUCGAGGGCCCUUCAGCUUUUCUUAACCCAGAUGAAAAUAAAUCCUGUAAUAUUUUUAAGUUAA